GUUGAUUCCCAUCCAAUGGUCGACACGCUGCCACUUUAUCACGAAGGCGAUCUGUUAUGUGCCCUUCACCUGCCUCGCCAUCUCGUCUACCAUUCGGCCGCUCUUCCCAUCGUCGUCUCCGCUGCAAGAAGCCGUCGCCCGCCGCCGACCAGGUCGCAUCCGAUGGCAGUAAUGUCAGCGAUGUCUAUUCCAAAUUCGUUUCUGGCACAGCACUGCCAACGCAAUUGGCAGUCAAACACCAAACGUUCCAGUGUACUUUUUGCUCUUGAUAUACCCAGCACACGUCCCUUCCAGGUGUGGAAAUUAGCAUGGACUGGCAUGUCAGCCAUGCAGCCGCACAUAAUUUCAAUGCGAGGCAUCAGUUCAGGGAAACCAACAAGUAACAUGUGCAAUGCUGCUCAAAGUACAAAUGCUGUUUCAUCCUUUGAGAAGGUUGAUUUCCUCAAGCUUCAAAACGGAAGUGAUAUUCGAGGUGUUGCUGUUGCUGGUGUUGAGGGGGAACCUGUGAACCUUACAGAACCUGUUGCAGAAGCUAUAGGUGCUGCUUUUGCUGCAUGGUUAUUAGAAAGAAAAAACCCGAAUGAGUCGAGACGGCUGAGAGUCUCCAUCGGUCAUGAUUCACGAAUAUCUGCUAAAAAAUUACAGGAUGCAGUUUCUCGUGGACUUGCUGGUGCUGGACUGGAUGUCAUUCAGUAUGGAUUGGCAUCUACACCAGCGAUGUUCAACAGCACACUUACAAUAGAUGAAACUUUUUUUUGUCCAGUUGAUGGGUCCAUAAUGAUAACAGCAAGCCAUCUCCCCUAUAAUCGCAAUGGCUUUAAAUUUUUCACUAAUGCUGGUGGACUUGGAAAACCUGACAUCAAAGAUAUUUUGGUACGUGCUGCAAAUAUAUGUGUGAAGGAAUCAAUUCAAUCUGCCAAUGCAACUGUGAAGAAGGUGGAUUAUAUGGCAGUUUAUACUUCAGAUCUUGUUGCUGCAGUUCGUAAGGCUGCUGGAAAUACAGAGAAACCUUUGGAGGGAUUCCAUAUAGUUGUUGAUGCAGGGAAUGGUGCAGGUGGAUUUUUUGCGGGAGAAGUACUUGAACCUUUAGGAGCUAUUACCACCGGCAGUCAGUUCUUGGAGCCUGAUGGUAUGUUUCCAAAUCAUAUUCCCAACCCUGAAGAUAAAGUUGCCAUGAAAGCAAUAACCAAGGCAGUUCAUGAGAAUAAGGCAGAUUUGGGUAUCAUAUUUGAUACAGACGUCGACAGAUCUGCUGCCGUAGACUCAAGUGGUCGAGAAUUCAACCGGAAUCGAUUGAUUGCUUUAAUGUCUGCAAUAGUUCUGGAGGAACAUCCAGGAACGACUGUUGUAACAGACAGUGUUACCUCAGAUGGUUUAACAACAUUUAUUGAGAAGAAACUUGGAGGUAAACAUCACAGGUUCAAGCGAGGCUAUAAAAAUGUCAUUGAUGAAGCAAUUCGCCUGAAUUCUAUUGGUGAAGAAUCACAUCUAGCCAUUGAAACCAGUGGCCAUGGAGCUUUAGAGGAGAAUAACUGGCUUGAUGAUGGAGCAUACCUCAUGGUCAAGCUCUUAAACAAACUUGCUUCUGCCAAAGCCUCAGGUUCAAGUAGUGGUAGCAGCGUUUUGACCGAUUUGGUAGAGGGCCUAGAAGAACCCGCUUUUGCAGUGGAAUUAAGGUUGAAAAUUGAUCAGAACCAUCCAGAUCUUAAAGGAGGAUCUUUCCGUGAUUAUGGAGAAGCUGUGUUGAAACAUUUGGAGAACAAAGUGACUUCAGAUGCAAACUUGAAGAAAGCACCCAUCAAUUAUGAAGGAGUUAGAGUCUCAGGAUAUGGUGGAUGGUUCCUGUUAAGACUGUCACUUCAUGAUCCAGUUCUUCCUCUCAACAUUGAGGCACCUAGCAAUGAGGAUGCUGUGAAGUUGGGGCUUGCAGUUUUAGCCGCUGUUAAGGAGUUCUUUGCUCUGGACACCUUGGCACUGGACAAGUUUGUGCAGUAGUAAUGAAUCCUAUUGUGUUAUCAACACCUUCCAAGGGUAGUGAGUGCACUACCUGUAGGUGCAUGGUGUUGGCUUGCAUGGUGUUGGCUUAGUAGGUUUUGGAUGGUGUAUGCUAUCUCGUUAAAAAAGAAGUUCAAAAGCUAAUAAAGAUAUAUUGUCAGAGUAGACACAUCCGCUGGGGUCUUUGUAGUGCUUGCAAAACAGUCAUGUGAAAUUGUUUUGGUAAGCGAAGGUUGUUUUUACAAUCUAAGUUGCUAAUUCUUUUUGUUACUGGUAA